AUAUUGCAGCUUCUGUUCGAGAUGGUGACGAGGAGGUGCAUUGGUUUCGAUUCCACCAAGUCAAGACAACUGAGGGACAAGUUCGAUGCGCUUUUCUCAGGCUUGUUCUCCUUUCCAAUAUAUUUCCCAGGGACACCAUUUUACCGAUGCAUGCAGGCCAGGAAAAAUGUGCAGAAGAUACUACGGGAUACGUUGGCGGAGAGGUUAAGUACACCAGGGAAGAAACAUGGCGACCUCCUUGACGUAAUUGUCCAAGAGCUGCAGGGUGAAGGGCCAUUAAUAAGUGAGAGUUUUGCUGUUGAUUUGGUCUCCACGUUGUUGUUCUCCAGCGUCUUCACGUUAUCAGGAAUAAUCGCUGUAGCAUUCAAAUCACUCCAUGACAACCCGGACGUUGUCCAUGCCCUCCAGAAAGAGAACCCAGCUAUGCUCAAGGAUCGAAAGGGUGGGUGCUCUGGGCUCACAUGGGAGGAGUACAAGUCAUUAACAUUCACUAAUCAGGUGACCAAUGAGAUUAUUCGAAUAAGCAAUGCCGUAGUUGGAAUAUUCAGAAGAACUCUCACCGAUGUACAAGUCAACGGCUACACAAUUCCAGCCGGGUGGCAGGUCAUUGUGAACCCCAUGGCAGUUCAUCUCAACGAAGAAUUGUUCGAAGACCCACUAAAAUUUAACCCAUGGAGGUGGCUGGAUGAGUCAAAGCGCAACACAAUGUUGAAGAAUUUCUUGCCAUUCGGAGCAGGCAUCAGGGCAUGUCCUGCCGCAGAGUUUGUCAAGCUGUUUGUAACACUUACCCUCCAUAUUUUGGUGAUGGAGUAUAGAUGGGAAGAAAUCAAAGGAGCUGAUGCAUUUCGUAGCGCGGAUGUUAUGUUCCCACUGGGCUAUCACAUUCGACUUAGAACACAGGACGACAAAAUUAAUUGA